UUCUUGACGCAAGCGUACUGAGGCCCAACAAAGGGCCGAAAUAAGAACGAUUCGCAAGUGAAUCUGAUGUAUUUAUGUCAUAAAAAUGGUGAAAUCUGUGAAGUGGCGAGUAGAAAUUAGGAUAUUCGACGUGUCGAAUCAUGACCGAGGCAUCUGAAAAUGUCUGCGUGGUGCGUGUGCGGGCGCAAGUGAUGUGUCGCGACGAAGGCACCGGCGGCUGGGUCGCCCUCGGGGGCGGAGGCCUGGCCGACGUGAUGGUGGGCAAGCGGCAGCGCGCGGCAGGGGGCGACAGUAACGGCGACACGUCAUCAUCGUCCGCAAACGCACCGACACACGAUUUCUUCAUACACGGAAAACGGAUCAGCGACAACAUGGUGGUUUUAGAAUGCACAAUAAAGAAGGAUUUCCAGUACAACAAGGUGAUGCCAACGUUCCACCACUGGGUCACGGAGGAGAAGCGAUUCGGCCUCACGUUCCAGACGGCCGCGGAUGCGCGCGCAUUCGACCGCGGCGUGCGGACCGCCAUCGAGGAGCUGUUAGACGGUCUGGGCGGGGCGUGGCCUGCGCUUCACGCGUACAAAAAACACAAUCCAGCGCCGGCCGACGACGAUGAGGAGCAAAACAUAUUUGAGUGUCUAAAUCUACCGACGGACUCCCGUUCGAGCUCCGAGAACUCCACAGCGAGUCGCGUCCGACACGCUCACGACCUCACGCAGACGCCUAUUCUCUCCGCCAUCAACCUGCCGCGCCAUCACGAUACAAUUAAAACGUACGAGAUCCAGUAUGAAGAUAAAAUGGCUGACGACGAUCCGGAGCGGUGUCCAUACGUACAUCUGUCAGCUGUGCACGAAUACACGUAUCCGCAGGUGGGUCCGGGCGGCAUUAUCAGCUCUGAGAAGUCCUCGCCCAACACCAAACCGCCAUUAUUGAAGAGGGACUCAGGGUCGAUAAAGAAGCAUCCGUACAGCGGGCCGCCGCCUCUGCCCGACAAGAAGCCAACUGAAACCUUCCAGGCGAGGCUCAAGUGCAGGCAUUGUCACGAAUGGUACCUAGAGAGUGCGAACCGAGCUGGCGCGUGCGAAUUCGCUCCGGACGCCUUCAAGACUUGCAUCGACGCCGUUUCCUGUAUCAAAUGUGCUCAGUGCAUGCUGUACCACUGCAUGUCGGACGCGGAGGGCGACUUCGCCAUGCACCCGUGCGCGUGCGCACCCACAGACCACGCCUGCGCCAAGCGGUGGGUGGGCAUCACGCUGCUGUCGCUGCUGGUGCCGUGUCUGUGCUGCUACGCGCCGCUGCGCUGCGUGCACCGCGCAUGCGCGCGCGCGCACGUGGCGGGCGGCGCGCACCGGCCGCGCGCGCGCGACAAGUAGCGCCGGCCGCCGUCCCGCUCACACCCGCCACCCCCGCCGUGUGUCGCACAACCCGGCCCGAGCGGCGCCGAGCGCCGGCCCGGCUGUCACGUCGCGAGACGGUGUACACCGGCUCCGUGCGGCGACCCGACCGACACGCCGUAUUUGACUCCGUUGGGCAGCCCGCCGAGUGAAACUUUAGAAAAAUUAAGUGAAACCCCGCCUCCUAGUGGCGCGUCGCGAGCGAUAGCGUCCGGGGCGAAUUCGCCGGGCGCCCCGUGGUCGACGCCGAUUCCCGGCUCGCUAAGCGCCGAGUCUUCGACGUCGAUCGCGAGUCCGCUCCGCGAGGCCUCGUCAUCGAGUUCGCCGAGUAUCGACCUGCCCUCGACGCCUCGAACCGCCAAACCGUCGCCCCGGAGUAGUCCGCCGAACGUCGAAUCACCGUCGACCCCGUUAGGUCCUCCCCCCGCCGAACCGUUGGAUAGUCCACCCGAAUUACCUUUAACACCGUCGGGUAUAACGUUACCGCCGACCCCCAGCCCCCCGAGCGCUGAUCUGCCGUUAACGCCGUCGGGCAGUCCGUUUCCUGUAACGGACGGCUCGCCCAGCGUACAGGUGACCCCCUCCGCCAGCCCCCCGAGCGCCGACUUGCCCCCGACCCCCCCGCGACCCCCGGCUCUACCGGCAACACCUAGCCCCCCGAGCGCUAGUCUACCUUUAACACCCAAAUCUUUAGGGGAUCAGAGUAGCUCGUCGAAUGGCACGGAAUAAAACUAGACAUAAUGGUUUUGAAUUUGGCUGUGGUUUGCGGACGUGACGAGACUGCGUUAAGUUAAAUGAACAUUGUUGGUGGAUCGAUUGUACUUGGCGAAUAAUAAAUGGGACCUGACGCUGCAAAACAUGGUGUGACGGGCCCUUAUUUACGUCACAAAGAGAGUUUUAAAAAGAUUAGUAAACUUCGCUAUUACACCAUACAGGAGAAAAAUUGGUGAACGUUUAAUUCAUAAAUAGAAGCAUCCUGGCGAUCGCUCCUGAAAGGUAGAACAGUAUUUUUAGAAACAGGCUGUUACUAUUGCAUAUACAAGAGAGAUUUUCUGAAGUGCGAAUGCUUUAAAAACAAAAAAUAA